CUUAUCAAGUUCGAUAUUUUUGGUUUUUGAUUGGAUUUACUGGAAGUAUAUAAGAGGGGUCGAAGCUGAGAUCUUGCCCAUAGAGCAGAAGAACACAGAGUAGAAGUUUCUGCUAUAAUGCCUCGCAGGAGAGUCGACGAUGAACUCGACCCUGAAGAAGAGGAGGAAGAAGAAGAAGAACUUGAAGACAAAGAAGACGACGACGACGGUGGUCAUGUCAAGAAGCGUCGGAGAUCCGAUUUCAUUGAUGAUGCAGCCGUUGAAGACGAUGACGAGGAAGAAGAAGAUGAUGAAGAUGACGACUUUGUUGAUCAUCGUGGUGGUCGCAAGCGCAGGAAGGCUGGGACCGAAUUUUUCGACAUUGAAGCCGCUGUUGAUGAGGACGAAGAAGAGGAGGAGGAUGCUGAAGAAGACGAUUUUAUAGUAGAUGGCGGGGCUGAGUUACCUGAUGAAGAAGAAGUGAGGAGGAUACAUCGUCGUCCUUUGCCCACAGAGGAGGACCAAGAAGAAGAUUAUGAAGCUCUUGAGAGAAGUAUUCAAGCAAGGUAUGCUAGAUCUAGUGAUAAUGAUUAUGAUGAGGAGGCCACAGAUGUUGAACAACAGGCUCUUCUGCCAUCAGUCAAGGAUCCAAAACUUUGGAUGAUAAAGUGUGCGAUUGGUCAUGAGAGAGAGGCAGCUGUCUGCCUGAUGCAGAAGUACAUUGAUAAAGGAUCUGAAUUGCAGAUUAGGUCUGCAAUUGCCCUUGAUCAUCUUAAAAACUACAUAUAUGUGGAAGCAGACAAAGAAGCCCAUGUUAGAGAGGCUUGCAAGGGUCUGCGCAAUCUAUAUGCUCAAAAAGUAAUGCUUGUUCCAAUAAAAGAAAUGACUGAUGUACUCUCAGUUGAAAGCAAAGCUGUAGACCUAUCUAGAGAUGCUUGGGUGCGGAUGAAGAUUGGAACGUAUAAAGGAGACCUUGCAAAAGUUGUGGAUGUGGACAAUGUGCGGCAGAGAGUGACAGUGAAGCUAAUACCAAGGAUUGAUUUACAGGCUCUUGCUAAUAAAUUGGAAGGUAGGGAAGUCGUGAAGAAGAAGGCAUUUGUACCUCCUCCACGUUUCAUAAAUAUAGAGGAGGCAAGGGAGAUGCAUAUCCGUGUUGAGCGUAGGCGGGAUCCAGUCACUGGUGAUUACUUUGAGAAUAUUGAGGGCAUGAUGUUUAAAGAUGGUUUUCUGUAUAAAACAGUAUCGAUGAAAUCUAUUAGCUCGCAGAACAUUCAACCAACUUUUGAUGAACUAGAGAAAUUUCAGAAGCCAGGGGAAGAUGGAGACGGCGACAUGAGUAGUUUGUCUACUUUAUUUGCAAACAGAAAGAAAGGUCAUUUCAUGAAGGGUGAUGCAGUUAUUGUGGUGAAGGGAGAUUUGAAAAAUUUGAUGGGUUGGGUUGAGAAAGUAGAUGAAGAAAAUGUUCAUAUUAGACCGAAAAUGAAGGGCUUGCCGACAACUCUUGCUGUAAAUGAGAAAGAACUUUGCAAGUACUUCAAACCAGGGGAUCAUGUAAAAGUCGUUUCUGGUGCUCAGGAAGGUGCAACUGGUAUGGUUGUUAAGGUUGAUGGCCAUGUCCUUUACAUUGUUUCUGAUACAACCAAAGAAGAUAUCCGUGUAUUUGCGGACAAUGUUGUGGAGAGUUCUGAAGUAACUGCUGGUGUUACCAAAAUUGGGGACUAUGAGUUACAUGAUCUUGUGCUGCUCGAUAAUAUGAGCUUUGGUGUAAUUAUUCGUGUAGAAAGUGAAGCUUUCCAGGUGCUUAAGGGCAUUCCAGAGAGACCUGAGGUUGUUCUUGUUAAGUUAAGAGAGAUUAAAAGCAAAAUUGAAAGGAAAUCUAAUGCUCAAGAUCGCUCUAAGAACACCGUGUCUGUGAAAGAUGUUGUAAAGAUUGUGGAGGGUCCUUGCAAAGGAAAGCAAGGUCCUGUGGAACACAUAUGUAGAGGAAUUUUAUUCAUUUAUGACCGCCAUCACCUCGAGCAUGCUGGUUAUAUUUGUGCUAAGUCUCAGUCUUGUGUAGUUGUUGGUGGGUCUCGUUCUACUGGUGAUAAAAAUGGUGAUUACUUGCCUAGAUUUCCUGGUCUCAGAGCCUCACCUCAUGUCACCCAGUCCCCAAAAAGACCACCUAGAGGACCUCCAGUUGACUCUGGAGGAAGACACAGAGGUGGAAGAGGUCAUGAUUCUUUGGUUGGUAGUACUAUAAAAAUUCGACUGGGCCCCUUCAAGGGAUACCGUGGGCGUGUUGUAGAUGUCAAGGGUCAAUCAGUCCGGGUUGAAUUGGAGUCCCAAAUGAAGGUUGUCACAGUUAACCGUAAUCAGAUUUCUGAUACUGCGGCUGUUGCAACCCCCUUCCGUGAAACAUCUCGGUAUGGCCUGGGAAGUGAGACACCCAUGCAUCCAUCACGAACUCCACUACAUCCAUAUAUGACUCCUAUGAGAGAUCCAGGAGCAACACCAAUUCAUGAUGGCAUGCGAACGCCCAUGAGGGAUCGAGCUUGGAAUCCUUAUGCACCAAUGAGUCCAGCAAGGGAUAAUUGGGAGGACGGAAAUCCUGCUUCCUGGGGAACCAGUCCACAGUAUCAGCCAGGAAGUCCUCCUCGUCGGCCUUAUGAAGCACCAACUCCUGGUUCAGGUUGGGCCAACACUCCUGGUGGUAAUUAUAGUGAAGCUGGAACCCCAAGGGAAAGCAGCCCAGCAUAUGCAAGUGCUCCGAGCCCUUACUUGCCCUCAACUCCUGGUGGGCAGCCAAUGACUCCAAGUUCUGCAUCAUACUUACCUGGCACUCCCGGAGGGCAACCAAUGACUCCUGGAAGUGGUGGUCUGGAUAUUAUGUCUCCAACAGUAGGUGGUGAGGGUGAAGGGCCGUGGUUCCUGCCUGAUGUGUUGGUCAAUGUUAGAAAGUCAGGAGAGGAUGCUGCCAUUGGGGUUGUACAUGAAGUGCUUCCGGAUGGUUCUUGCAAGGUCGCCCUUGGAUCGACUGGUAAUGGAGAGAUGGUCACUGCUCUUCCAAAUGAAAUGGAGAUGGUGGUGCCUAGGAAAUCAGAUAAGAUAAAGAUCAUGAGUGGUGCCCAACGUGGUGCUACUGGGAAGCUGAUAGGUAUUGAUGGUACUGAUGGGAUAGUCAAAGUGGAUGAUACUCUCGAUGUUAAGAUUUUGGAUAUGGUCAUUUUGGCCAAGUUAGCGCGAUCUUAACAUUUAAUAAUUUAUUGUUUAAAGCA